UUGGGUUCACUGCAAAUGCGGGUUGGGCGCGGGUCGGACUGGGUUACCCUGGUCCCUGGGCACGUCGGGUCGCUGCUGUCCGCUUCCGGCUCCCGCAGAGAGGAAAAGGCCCCGCCGCCGCCGCCGUUCCCGCAUGACGUCCGUCGAUCCAGAAUGCUUCUGGCAUUUUAUGCUAGGAGGUUUUCUGUGGAGUUCAGCUUACAGUGGAACCACUUUACAUUUCCUCAUGAUAUGGAUCACUUGGACGAGCAUGACAGUGAUGACAUGAAAGUAGGGGCAGCUUCUGAUGGCCCCUCCAGACUCAGAAAGAAGAGGUCCAAGGUUUGGGAUGAAUACAAGCCCAUCAUUGUAGAUGGAGCAAUUCAGAGCGCGGAAUGUCGCUACUGCCAUAUUCGCAUGAGUUGCAGAGGUGCUGAUGGUCAAUCUAAUGGGACAAGUCAUUUGUGGCGACACCAGAAAAUUUGCCGAGCAAAAGAUGGGUUUUGUCCAAGCCCAGUUCAACAGGACGCAGACUUGCCGUAUGAUAUAGUGGUGAAUGAAGUAGAGCCGGUGGACCAAAUUCUUCCAGAUUCACUUGAUGAGAUAAAGUUGACUCAUAGUGAGAAUAGCAAAUUCAGGUCAAAGGUAUGGAAGGAUUUUAUACCAUUCUAUGUUCAAGGGAGAGUCCAGGGUGCUGACUGUGUCCAUUGCCACAAGCGACUCAGUGCAGAUAAAGGUAGAAGCCAUUUGAACCGGCAUACUCAGACUUGUCCAGCACGGAGUGGAAAUAGCCUAAAUCAUCAGAAAGGUGUGUUGUUCCAGUCCAGUAUACCGAGUUCUAAAUCUAGCCUUCAAGAUGAGCUUUCACCUGCAUUGACAAAUGGCAAAGUUCAGAUUGCAGAAUAUGCUAGUAAGUUCCUCAAAGGAAGCUCAGGCGAACGUCAUGUUCUAGCUUUACCAGCAAUGGAUGAUAUGAAUCCCUCAGAGCAAAAUACCUCAUCAGCUCAGACUGCUACUGAUAUAACCAGGAAACCUGACCAAGAAGCAUCUUAUCAAGAGCUAACUAGAAUGAUUAUUUCACAUGGCUAUCCCUUGUCGAUUGUCGAGCAUGAAGAAAUGAGAAGGUUUGCAAAGAGCCUAAACCCCACAUUUAACAUGGCUUCAAGCAUUGAUAUAGAAGAGUAUUCAACUCUUUUGUUUCAGAAAGAAAAGGCUGACCUUAAGGAAAGAAUUGCACUCUUGUCCCAUCGGGUUUCCUUGUCAGCAAGUGUUUGGGCUCCUCAUGGACCUGAGGCCUCAGUGAAGUAUCUCUGUUUGGCAGUGCAUUUUAUUGAUUCUGACUGGAAACUUCAAAGGAAAACCAUCAAAUUUGGUGUGUUUUGGUCCUCACCUACUAGUUUGGAAAGGAUGAUACAGUUUAAGGAGGCCUGUGUGCUAGAUUCUGAUAUUGGAUCAUUUAAUGUCAUACAGGAAGCUAUAAGAGAUUGGAAUCUUGAUCAGAAGCAUUUCAGCUUGACGUCUGGCAGUGAAAUUAGAAAUGACGAGGGAACCGCAAAGCUGAUGGACUUGCUCAUCCAGAGGAAAUGCCUUCCUAUUAGAGGUGAGCUAUACAAUAUUGCUUGUGUGAAUGAUGUGCUUAACAGCAUUGUCUCAAAAGGGCAACCAGUGCUUUAUCAUGUUGGUAACAUACUAGAGAAAUUUAUUCAGGCACAUAUGUUCUCAUCUCUGACUCGACAGCAACUUCUAGAAGUUGUUGCACAUAUGGGUUUGAAGUGCCCACAGGAAGAUGCCAAAUGGUGGCACAGAAUUUACUUUAGGCUUGAAGUUCUUCUGCACUUCAAGAAGGCAUUUCCCUCUGAAGAAUUGUUAUCUGCAGAAGAUAACAAAACUGUUGAGUCUGUUUGCAGGAUACUCAGGGCUUUUUAUCGUGCUGUUGAAGUGAUUUGUAGUCCUGUUUGCCCCACAGCAAAUAUGUACUUCAAUGAACUGUGGAAAGUUAGAACAGCUUUGCAAGAAGAAGCAUCAACUGAUCACACUGAACUUGCUAACAUGGUUUGGGAGAUGCAGGAAGCAUUCAAUGAGUAUUGGCAAAAUUCAUACGUGUGGUUGUCGAUACCUGUUGUUCUUGACCCGAGAUUCAAAAUUACUUUUAUUGAGUUCCGGUUAAAGCGAGCUUUUGGUACGGAUGCAGAAAAGUAUGUAUCUGCCAUUCGUGAUACAGUAAGGGAGCUAUUCCAUGAAUAUUGUGGUCUUUCAGAUACCUUGUGUGCUGAUACAUCAGCUCGUGAUGUUGAGUUGGAUGUAUUUGACAGUGAUUCAUUGGAAGAUUGGGAUGAGCAUCUUAAUGCACAGACAAGGAACCAACAAUUGACAGAACUUGACAACUACCUUGAAGAUGGUCUUGUCCCAAGGAAGGAUGAUUUUGAUAUUCUGAACUGGUGGAUGAGUAAUUCUACUAAGUAUCCAACCCUUUCAGUUAUGGCACGUGAUGUCCUGGCAGUUCCAGCUUCUGCUGUUAAUUUUGAGGCUGCAUUAAGCAGUGAGGUAAAUGUGAUACAUAAGCAAUGGAGCACAUUAAAUAUCAAAACAAUCGAGGCUCUUGUAUGUACCCGAGAUUGGGUUAAAUAGAAUGAUCAGAAGAUCACAAACAGUUGAUAACCAUAGUGCUUCUAACCCGGGAAUACAGGUUGAUAUCGCAAGAGUACACCGCCCAUUUCUUGUGCUGUAUAUCAGACAUCUCGCAGACUGGAAGCUACCAAAUGCGGGCUUCUGAGUGUUCACAUGUACUAUAUUGCGCACAUUGUUCUCUAGUGAUUUUAUCAUGUUAUUAGGUAUAUCUGGUGCAGAUUAUUUGUACAGUGCCAAUGACUUCAUCCUGAUUGAGAAUUCUUGUAUGACGGCAAUAGAAAACCAUUUGAUGACUGAUGCUCUUUUUAUGUUCA